AUGGCCACCUCCAAUGAACGCGACCAACUCCCCGGUCCCAGUCCAGAGGAUGAGAACCAGCAAGAGAGCAAGAUCCGCAAAGUAAGCCGGGCGUGCGACUUUUGCAAGGCGCGCAAGGCCCGCUGUACCGGCGACCUGCCCUGCCAGAAAUGCAUGGUGAAAGGGAGAGUCUGUCUCUACAGCGCAAAGUACACUCGAGGACGACCUCCAACUCCGCCGAGGUCCACUAGCGUCCGCUCGCCAACCGGAAACGAUGGAGUGGCUCUGAUCUCGCCAGCUCGUUACACGAGUCCCGCCGUGUCCAUAGAGUUGUCGCGGCACCCGCACCAUCCAGACCCGGAAAGCGCCGCGCCGUCGAGGGCUUCGCCAGAACUUGGUCUGUCGGAAAUACAAGGCCAAGUCUUCGACCCCACUUCCGGCUUUUCCUUUCUUCAUCGUGCGUGGAAGCGUCUCUCGGCGCGCAACGCAGGCUCCAUCCAAGGCGACUCGAGGACAGUCUCCUCUGACAAACCGCUAGCGGAGAGGAGGGAGCAUGCGCCGCUACAGCUUCCUGAGCCGGAUGAGAGCCGCCGGCUCGUGGCGCUGUAUUUCGACGUCUGCAUCGCCACAUAUCGGGUGUUGCAUCGGCCAACGGUAGAAGAGUGGCUCGCUGUCGUGGAGCGCAACGUCAGUCAAGACCAGCCAGUCUGGCAUGGUCUCGGCCGCUCACGAGCCGCCGUUGUCCUCGUGGUCCUCGCGAUCGCCGCCGCUCACCAUGAAAAGUCGAAAGGCAUCUCAUCUCAAGAAGAUGAGACCCGCGCCCUGAGUCUCAGCGACGAGCUCUUCGGUGUCUCGCUUCGCCUUGUUGACGUCGAGAUGGGUCCUCCCCGAUUGGAGUCGGCGCAGGCGCGACUUGUGCAGGUGCUGUAUCUCCUUACUACAUCAAGGUUCAAUAGAGCCUGGUUCGUAUUUGGAAGCGCGCUGCAACUGAUCUCCGCCCUCGGUCUCCAUCGGCGGGCGAACCCUAAGAAACGCAAAGUGACCAGGGAAGACUAUAUACAGACGCAGUGUGGGUUGCGCCUGUUUUGGUCAGCUUACAUCCUGGACAACUAUCUCGGCGUAGUGUUUGGACGUCCACGCCAUUACAACGACGACGACAUUGACCAGGUUUUGCCCGACCGAAUCAAUGAUGAAGACAUGACUGCGGUCGGUCCAGGACAGGGGUUAGACGAUUUGGGCGACUGUCACAUUGAUGCUCUGAUCUUCCAUGCCAAGAUUGGCACGAUUAUAGGCUCAAUAUCCAGAGAGGUCUAUAGCAUCAAAAACAUUCCAGAGGGAGAUCGCGUCGCCGCCGCCCACCGCCUCAUUCAGGAGGCAACAGUCAUGAAGAUUGCUCACUCUCAUGCCGUCAUGCAUGCUAGUCGACUGUUUCUUCUAGGCGAUCCUUCACGGCACGAGAACCACGUGCGAGGCUGCGUCGCUGCGGCGCGGACAGUACUGGAGACUGUCGACGGCAUGGCCAAAGAAGGUCCCAUAUUCCAUGCCUUCUGGUGGACACACUAUGUCACCUUUUGCGCGCUUGUCGUGGUAUACAUAUGGGAAAUCCAGCAGAGAAGGGCGAACAGCGCCGUACAACAGCAGCGAACGAGCCUUCUGAAUCUAGCGGAGCGAUGCCACACGCACCUAGCACACGCGACAGCUACAAACUCUCCAAGUCGUCGAUACGCCGUCAUCUUGGAAGAGUUUCGCAAGACUGCGCUCUGUCAGCCCCUCGCUCAAGAGAGGAACGAUGACGUUGACGUCGCAGAGCCACCAGGAUUGACAAUUGAUCCUCAGAAUCCAGGCUUCGUACAGGGAAGCGCGGUCCCUGCUGCCAUUGGGGGUGGCCUGCAGAGCAUGGCAUCGCUGAUGAACUUUGAUCCCCAACAAUUCGAUGCUUGGCAGAUGACGGAUUUCUUCAUAGACUUGGACUCCUCGGCGUUUUGGCCGCAAGUUGACGUUGAUGAGUCUAUGAUGUGGACCUCAAUGGGUCUCUGA